GCCAGGGGCACAGCCUCACGCGCUCCCCCCUCAGGAGCGCAUCUCUCUGGGCGCACGGCAGAAGUGGAGACAUUCUCCCAGGAAAAGCGCGCGAGUACGUUACGCAUGGAAGCGGAGCAGCGGUGGAUGUGGUCCAUUUACGCACGGCUCCUGUGUUCCACAGCUGGAUAAACAGAGAGGCAGCAUGCGCGUGGCAGAGCACCUGCUCGUGUACUUUUUGGUCAAAGUCAUGGUGUGCGAUGCGGAGGGCGAGCCGGGUCACACAGAAGACGACUUUUUGAUCGGGUAUAACGACUCUGUAGAGAUCGACACGUCGGAGACUCCACACACUGAGGAUAAAUGUCGGGGGUACUACGACGUGAUGGGUCAAUGGGACCCGCCGUUCGUGUGCAGGACGGGAAACUACUUGUACUGCUGCGGCACCUGUGGAUUCCGCUUCUGCUGUGCAUUCAAAAGCUCACGGCUGGACCAAACCACCUGCAAGAACUACGACACACCACCGUGGAUGAUGACAGGACGACCACCGCCAAAGGUAGACGUGGCUCUUGACGCUUCCAAGGAUAAAACUAACCUGAUCGUGUAUGUGAUCUGCGGAGUGGUGGCCAUCAUGGCACUAAUAGGGAUUUUCACCAAACUCGGUCUGGAGAAGACGCACCGGCCAAACCGUGAAAACAUGUCCAGGGCUCUUGCAAAUGUGAUUCACCACUCUGAAAAUGAUGGUGCAGUUGGGCAACACUAUGAGAAUCUACAGAGCAGAAUGAACAGCCUGCACAAUGACCAACUGAAUAACUCAAGCCAAGCAUCCACACUAAUACCACAGCCUUACCCCGUCCCAGACCUCACCAGCCCCUAUGACCACCAGCUGCCAGUCAAAGACAUCAACACGUACGCCACACUCAAGGCUGUAGCGGAGAAGGUGAACCUGUACAGCUUCAGACAGCAGUCGUUGGAGAUGUCCCUUAAAGGCGGCCUGCCCAUGGAGUCUCUGGAGGAUGUGGAGCCCAGUAACCCAUACAGCCCACCCCGACACCCCUCUCUCAAGCACAGCCGACACAAGCCCCGCCCUCCACGCAGUCACAGCUCUCAGUCUCUGUACUACAGCAACAACAGCCCCGCCCUCCUCCGCUCCUGGGACAGUCGCGACACACUUGGCCUGAGACAAGUCUACACCCCUCAGAAACUGUGUGUGAUAGAGAAGGAGCUCCACACCACGCGCUACAUGCCCCCCCAACCGUACUUUGUCACCAACAGUAAGACUGAGGUGACAGUGUGAGGGGUAACAAGAGACUGUAGACUGUGGAUGGGACCCUUAGCACCCAUAAAGAGGAGAGGGACACGAGAACCUCUGAACUAAUGUGGAGCCAGUGUGUAGUUUGCACAGUUGAUGUUGUCCAUGGAAUUUAAGGCUAACCAUACUCUGGUUGGUUUGAAAAGACAUGUUUUUGCUUUGAACUUGGUCUGAUGUUUGGUAAUUUGUUGUUGACAUGUAAAGAUUGUUUACUUUAAUUGAAGAUACAAGAAAAAUGUGUCCAAGUUUGAAUGCAUAUAGAAAGUGAUGCUAGUUUUGGUCUUAAGUUCCAGUUAAAAUGAAAUGCAAAGUUGUUUUCACAUGAUUCAAGUGGGAAUGAGGCUGUUAAAGCACAAUACAUACUAUCUAUAUCUGCACAAACAUAUUCAACACCUGCUUUUUAUUUCACUAAAUCACCACAGACUGUUGAUAGUAUUUUACUACUAAUGCAAAACUAAUGUUUUCUUGUUGGUUUGUAACUGUCAGAACUGAACGUGCAUCAUGUGAUGGUUGUCUCUGAGGCUCUACACGUAAUAAGUUAAACAAUAAUGUUUAUUACGUAAUUAAUUACAAUUUUUUGUAAAGGAUUGGAGCAAAUACAAAUCUCAACAUAUAAUAGAUAUUCAUUAUACCAAACUGUAAGUGUUAAUUAAAAUGAUAAUUUAUAGAAAGC